AUGGAAACCGAAUACAUAUCGGCUUGUGAAGCAGCUAAGGAAGCGGUUUUGUUGAGGAAGUUUUACACUGAUCUGGAAGUUGUUCCAGAUAUGGAUAAGUCACUAAUCAUGUAUUCAAUCUUCAUGGCCGAGGAUGUCGAGGAAUUGUUACUAGCUUAUCAGAGCUUUGGUGUAGUUUACGGGGACUUGGGCACUUCACCUCUUUAUGUUUACUCAAGCACAUUUUCUGGGAAGUUACAGAAACAUAUUAGCCAAGAUGCAAUCUUUGGUGCUUUUUCAUUGAUCUUUUGGACUCUUACUCUUAUCCCUUUGCUUAAGUAUGUCUUUGUCUUACUCAGUGCUGAUGAUAAUGAUGAAGGUGGGACCUUUGCUCUUUACUCACUGCUUUGCCGCCAUGCUAAGUUUAGUUUGCUUCCCAACCAGCAAGCAGCUGAUGAAGAGCUCACUGCCUAUAAAUAUGGUCCAUCUUCUCAGCAUGCUAGUUCCUCUCCCUUGAAGAGAUUUUUGGAGACGCAUAAAAGGUUAAGGACUGCCCUUUUAGUUGUUGUGCUGUUUGGAGAAUGCAUGGUCAUUGGUGAUGGUGUCCUUACUCCUGCUAUCUCAGUUCUAUCUUCGGUUUCGGGGCUUGAAGUUACAGAAAAGAAAUUAACUAGUGGAACCGAAGCUAUGUUUACAGACCUUGGUCAUUUUACUGCUUUGUCAAUAAGGCUUGCGUUUGCUUUUGUUGUAUACCCAUGUUUGGUUGUACAAUACAUGGGUCAAGCUGCAUACUUGUCCAAAAACCCCGAUAAGAUUCAUUACAGCUUUUAUAAUUCAAUCCCUGAAUCUGUAUUUUGGCCAGAAUCUAAUUUGAUAUCUGUAUUAUAUUGA